AUGAAGCUGCAACAGUCUGCUAUCCAAGGGAGAGAUUAUCAUGUGGUAGCUGAGCGACACUAUAACAUCGCCAUUCGCGAAGUGGCAGCGGCAGUGCCACGGCUGAAUAAAGAGAACUGCCAUGCAAUUUAUACCGCCGCUGUUCACAUCUUCGUCUGCUCACUCGCCAUGGGUCCGCGACCAGGCGAGUACAUGGCUUUUCGAGAGGAUGGUCAAGACGGCCUUCUAUCCUUGUUCAUCGGUGUCCGGACAGUAUUGGAGAUAAGCAGCAAGUUGUUUUCACCAGAUGUAGUUCUAAAGGGCGAUGAAGGGGAAUCAGGCUCCGAGUCAGAUCCGGCCGCAGAAACCACAGGCCCCGUCAGAAGCUCAACUAUCGCUUCUGAAUAUGGGUAUUGGAUGGACCAGUUGCGGCAUCUUAUAGAAUCCGAGCUUGUCAGGGAAGGUACGCUUAAUCCAGUUUAUCGUACGGUGUUCGAACGACUUCACGAGUGCUACGAUGCUGUCUAUAGCCCCUUUUCGCCCGUAACGACUGCACUUCUAUCACCAUGCAUAUUCGGCUGGCUCUAUAGACUGCCAAACGCGUUCAUGUUUGGACUUAGACAGCGACACCAGCCGGCAUUGGUGAUAUUCUCUUAUUUCGUCCUCUUGUUGGAUGAGCUCACCUGGAAUUGGUUUCUUCAAGAUUGGCCUAGACACAUUCUCAUCGGCAUUCACCGUAACCUCGACGUCUACCACCAGCAAUAUAUCCAGUGGCCUAUGCACUGCGUGGCAUCCAAAGCCUAG